GAGUAUCGUGUCAGAAAAUCCUUUUUGAAGCAAGCAUGUAUGCUAUUCCAUGUCUCAGGUAAUGGGAAAGAGGAAAGGCAUUUAUGGGUGUGAUUGACUAAGAAGAAAACAAAAUUCUUGACAUUUGUUUAUUAAAAAAUUGGAGAGAGAUACGUUGGUCCAAAUCAACAAGUAUGUGAAAAGUUGGAAGUAAGUGGGAUUCUUGAGAGUAAGAAGUGCACAUUUCCAUCGAAGAGGAGUGAUGGAAUUUGUUGUUGCUGGUUUUGUUGCAGAGAAAGUAUUAGGGGAGUUGUUAAAAUCUGUGAAGGAAGCGACGAGGAAAAAGAAAAAGUUAGAAACUACCUUGAAGAGCAUCGAAUCCACACUCAACUCUAUAAUUCCAGUCGUUGAAAGCAUAAAUGAGUUAAACGAAAAAUUAGAUCGUGAAGAUGAGGACAUAGGGAGAUUGUGGAAACAAAUAAAAGAAGGGCAGGAACUUGUUAGCAAAUGCUCGAAAGGAAAUUGCUGUGGUUCUUGCUUUAAACCGUCUAAUUGCACUGUGGAACUUAGAGAUUUCGAUAAUUCACUUAAAAGGUUCUAUGAUUUUAUUUUACCAUUGAAAGGAACAAAGAUUCUUAUUGAUACUAGGGAAGAUGUCAACGAAAUCAAGGAAAAGGCAAAUAGGAUUGAUGAGAAAGUGGGAGUUACAAGAGAUAAGGUGAAAGAAAUCAAGGACAUGGCAAAAAUCAUUAAUGAGAAGGUAGAAGUUACAAGUGAUGAGGCGAAAGGCAUUCGUAAGGAGGCGAAAGAAAUCAAGGGCAAGGCAAACAGCAUUGAUGAGAAGGUGGAAGCUACACGUUUUGAGGUUAAAGGCAUCAAGGACAAGGCAGAAGGCAUUGAUGAGAAGGUGCAGGUUACAAGAGAUGAUGUGAAAGUUAUGCAUCAGGAGGUGAUAGACAUUAAGGACAAGGCAAAUAGGAUUGAUGAGAAGAUGGAGAACAUUCAUAAAGAGAUCCAAUGCCUAAAGAUCCCUGCAUCUUUUCCUCUGUAUUUACCUCCCGAGCCACCCGCGAUAAUCGUUGGAUUGGACAAGCAGUUGAAGGAUUUGAAGACAGAACUGCUCAAGAAUGAGUUUUCUGUGGUAGUAAUAACUGCUCUUGGAGGAUGUGGAAAGACGACAUUGGCUAAAAAGCUUUGUCACGAAGAAGAUAUUAAAGGUAAAAACGUUAUUAGAAAAUUUAAAGACAACAUCUUCUUUGUUACUGUCUCCAAGAAACCAAACCUGAAGGUGAUUGUACAGAAUCUCUUUCUGCGUAAGGGACAUCCACAUGUGCCUGAGUUUCAAAGUGAUGAUGAUGCUGUCAAUCACUUGGAAAAACUGCUGAAGCAAACAGGACCUAAUCCUAUACUAUUAGUCCUGGAUGAUGUUUGGCAUGAAUCCGAGUUCCUCAUUGAUAAAUUGAAGUUCCAGAUUCCAGAUUACAAGAUUUUGGUGACAUCAACAUGUGUGCUCCCUAGAUUUCCUUCUACAUAUAGGCUGCAGCGGUUGAAUGAGGUGGAUGCCAAGAAUCUUUUUAUUAGCUCAGCAAUCCUGGCCGAUCAGAGCUCUUACAAUCCAGAUGAAAGUAUCUUGAAUGAGAUAGUGAAAGCCUGUAAGGGGAAUCCACUGGCCCUUACUGUUGUUGGAAGAUCAUUGUGCGGGCAGCCUGCAGUAGGCUGGGAAAACACUGUGUUGGAAUUGUCUAAAGGUGGUUCUAUUGUUGAAUUAAACACUGCUCUGCGUAAUUGUCUCCAUCAAAGCUUGGAAGUCUUGGAUAAUAACGUCAAGGUAAAGGACUGCUACACGGACCUAGUUUCAUUUCCUGAAGGCCAAUGGAUCCCUGCCACUGCUCUCAUUGAUAUGUGGGUUGAAUUGCAUGAUCAUGAUGAAAAUGGAGUGGCUUCUGUUGCCAGGCUCCAUGACCUUGACGCCCUGAAUUUGGUUAAUCAUGAAGUGGGAAGGAAAGAUGCAAGUGAAAUUGAUGGCUAUUACAACGAUCACUAUGUUAUGCAGCAUGAUCUUCUUCGACAGCUUGCCAAUGAUCAAAUAAGCUCAGAGCCUGUUGAACAAAGGAAAAGACUAAUCAUAGAUAUAAGUGGUAGCAAACUUCCAGAGUGGUGGAGGGAACAAAGAAAGCAACACAUCAGUGCCUACCUCUUAUCUAUCAAACACAGUCUGCCAUCUUUAAUUCCUCUCACAUCAUCCUCUCACAUCAUUUUUACAGAUGAAACAUUUGUACCGAGCUGGCCUAACUUGCAAGCACCUGAUGUUGAGGUUCUAAUUCUGAACAUUCGCUCAAAGAACUACAUGCUACCAGAGUUCGUGAAGAAAAUGGAUAAACUGAAGGCUCUCUUGAUCACAAACUAUGGUUUUGUGCCAGCUGAAAUAAGUAAUUUCCCACUUCUUUGUUCUCUGCUCAAUCUGAAGAGAAUUAGGCUGGAGAAAGUUUCAAUUCCAUCACUUGGCUUGUCCUCUCUAGAACUGAGAAAGCUUCAAAAGAUUUCCUUAGUUAUGUGUAACAUUGAUCAGGCUUUUAGUAACUCUAGAAUUCAGAUAUCAAGUUCCUUCUCGAACCUGUCAGAGAUCAGCAUUGACCGUUGUAUUGAUCUGAAGAACCUUCCUGUUUGGUUUUUUUAUCUCGUUCACCUAAAGAAACUCAGUAUCAGUAGCUGUUGGGAGCUGUCUGAACUUCCCAAGGAAAUUGGUAAGCUGGAGAAUUUGGAAGUGUUUCGCCUUCAUUUCUGUAUUCAAUUGGAAGAGGUGCCAGAAGCUAUUGAGAAAUUGUCCAAGUUGAGUGUUCUUGACAUAUCUGAUUGCUCAAAUAUCAGUCACUUGCCAAAACAGAUCGGAGGGUUACAUAAUCUAAGAAAGCUAUUCAUGAAUGGGUGUUCAAUCUCAGAGCUGCCUUCGUCAGUUGAGAACCUCAAACGUUUAGAAAUUGUCAUGUGUGACGAAGAAGUUACCAUUUUGUGGAAAUCUUUUAUCCAAAGGCUUCCAAAUCUAAGGAUUAAGCCGUGGUAAGGAGGAUAGAUUCCAUAGG